AUGACCGUUGAUCUCCAAAUAGACAGGGAUGGAACUGCAGGAAAAGCUUUAGGUGCCCUUCUCGAGCACUGUAAAACUGAUUCAAAUUUACAAAAGGAUAAAAAUAUCCAUAUGAUCAUCAGUACAAAUAAGAAAAUGGGCGCUCAGAAGGAUAGUAUUCCUCGAAUCAUUCCAUUGACAUCUUGCAAACUGAAUAAACCAAAAGAUUUCCGGACGCUACUUAUAACAAAAGAUCCUUCUAACGUCUACCGCGACGCUUUGACGAAAGACGCAGCAACAUCUGAGCUCUUCAAGGAGAUUAUUGGUUUAAAAUCCUUAAAGAGAAGAUUUAGAGGUAUCAAAAUUACUCAACUGUACAAAGAAUUUGAUCUAAUAGUCGCAGAUUUCAGAGUUCUUCAUCUACUGCCUGAUAUACUGGGCCAAAAGUUCUAUCGAGGUAACAAAAAGCUGCCCUACGCGAUGAAGAUGUCGAGAGAAAUGGUAGUUAAAGGUAAGAAAACUAUAGAUGUUUGUGAUCCCCUAUAUGUCAGAGCUCAAUUACGAAGCAUAUGUAAAAACACGUCAUAUGUUCCGAAUAAUGACAAUUGUUUGAGCGUCAGGAUCGGUCAAGUGAAUAAAACCACGGUACCAGAAAUGUUGGGAAAUAUCCGUGACAUUAUCAGUUUCCUAACAGAUAAAUCUAAAAAACCUCAAGGUGGCACCAUAAAAGGAGGAAUAUGCUCGAUAUUUGUCAAGACAACAAAUAGUCCAAGUUUACCUGUAUACGAGAAAAAUAUGUCAACACCUGAAGAAGAUGAUAGCGAAAAUAUAAAACUUAAGUAG